UGUAGCAGCGUUAGUAUUCGUUUUGAUAUCGCAGCGUUCACACUCAAGUUCCUUCUGAAGCAGAAAUUAUAUAUAUAAUUUUUUCUGUCGCAUUAAAGUCCAGCUGAGAUGUUGAUAUUCAAGUCACCAAGUUUGCUUUGCUCACACCGAGGUAUAUGUGGGCUGCGUCUAUCGUGGCUCCUCACCCUAAUUACCUGUAGUAUUGCAUUGUUGCUGCUUAAUUCGUAUCGGAUUGCGUACGAUGCGAGAGUCAGCAAAUCAACCGAAAUAGACUGCCCAGAAAUGGAAUCAUCUAAGGAAAAAGAACAAUUACUUCGGCAAAUCGGAAGGGACCUUUACUAUACAAAGCAAUACCUCAGUGGUCAGCUGCAACUACUGAAACAGACAAUGAAUGCCACCGGCCACGUGGACACCAUCCUUGGAGAUGUGAAUGACUACUUCAGAGUCGUUCGUCACGACCUGAAUCACCUGCGGAACACUGACGGUGCAAGUGAGUGGCGAUGGAAGGAAGCAGAAGAGCUCAGCAAACUAGUCCAGCACCGGAUCCGCGUCCUCCAGCACCCGAAGGACUGCAACUCCGCCAGGAAGCUUCACUGCGAAUUCUCCGGAGGGGGUCGAGGUGUCGGUAGCCAGUUUCACCACCUGACCAUCUGCUUCGUGGCGGCUUAUGCCACUCAGAGAACGCUUAUUCUGAAAACCGAGGGCUGGUUUAACACUCCAAGAGGUCUCGACACGUUCUUUCUGCCGUUGAGUAACAGCUGCACUAAGGCUGACAUGUCUCAGAUGGUUUCAUGGCCAGGCACCGAUUCCCUCCUGGUGGGAAUCUCCAAGAGUGAUCAUCUGAAACCCAAGCCGAACUAUCCAAUGAAGUCGAUUCCCAGGGACAUCUCCGAGCGCCUCUUUCGCCUGCACGGGGACCCCUACGCGUGGUGGGUCGGGCAGUUCUUCAAGUAUACGAUGAGGAUGAAUUCGCAGUUCCAGGAUUACGUCAGGGAUUUGGCUCGCGAAAUCGGAUACGAGAGUCCCAUUGUUGGGAUACAGGUCCGACGAACAGACAAGACUGCGAGCGGCCUCACCUUCAUCCCUGUCAAGAACUUCAUGGACGCCGUGGCCGAGUUCUACGACGACCUCGAGCUGCGUCAGGAGGUCGGGACUCGGAGGGUCUUCGUGGCGACGGACGACCCUUCCGUGAUCGAGGAAGCCAAGGAAAAAUAUCCCGACUACCAGUUCGUGUACAACGAGGCGAGCAUCGUAUCAGCUGACUUGCCCAACCGCUGGACGGAGCCGAAUCUUCGCUAUUACCUGGCGGACAUUUAUUUUCUCUCGAGAUCGAACUAUCUGGUCUGCACCAUGAGUUCUAACAUGUGUCGGUUCGCGUACGAGGUCAUGCAGACUGUGUACCCCGACGCUUCGUUACUGACCCGAGGGUUGGAGUUGCCCUUUCACUUCAUGGACGGGCAAGGAGGGCACAUCCUCAGGGCACGGUUUCCUCACUUUCCUGCAAGAAGUGAAGAAAUAGAACUACAAGUUGGAGAUACGAUAUCUGUUAGUUUCAAAUACUAUUAUAGAAAACUACUUGUUGAAAAUGGCUUCUUGUAUGGUACGAAUUUACGCACUUCAAUGAAGGGUUUAUUCCCAGUGUAUAAAACAGUCGACGCCCUGAAUGUGGCUGAUUUCUCGUCCUUUGAAGAGAUUGAUAGAAAGUAAUACCGAUGAGACACUCUGUCCACGUUCUAGUUAUUUUGUGAUGGAAAAGUGGUGCAUAUUUUUGUUCUUCUAAAUUCAUAUAAUAGAUCUGGUUACUUCUGUAUCGAAAACCGUCAAGUGAAGUCUCUCUUUCACCGAUAUAUUGCCUCUACAACCUUCUCAUUCCCAAAAUCCUGAUCAUAACUGGGCACCCUGUGACUAUCUCCGUUGACGAUUCUCUCUCUCGAAGUUUAUUCAGAGAGAAUUCUUUAAAAGAGGAAGACAAAACACUAGAAAUAAUGGAUCUUUGCGUUUGAUGUUCACCCGCAGCAAACAUCACAAUCAUAUCCAUGGAGAGAGAGGACUGCACCCAAAUUUUCCCGCGAAUUUUUAAUUAUUAUGCAUUGGUAACCACAGCCUUCUAUUACGCCCGAAGAAGACACGAGGAAGAAGUUCGACGUCCUCCUCGACAAUUAAGAGCAUUCGUGGUCUCUACGUAGGCCAGAAUUUUUGGAAUCUGCAAGAAAUUCUUUGGGCUAUAAGAUCUUACAGUGAAUAUUGGAGUAGGGAUUCCCGUGUUCUUUUUAUGGUGAAACUAUCAAGGUAAUAUAUAACGACCUUUUACAAAUUUAGAGUAUGCGGUAAUAAUAAUGAUAAUAAUAAAUAGAUGAAUGAAAAAUGAAUGAAUCAAUAGAAAGAUUAAAAAUGGAAAACUUUGCGAUACAUUUAACCUGAGGGAUUUGUGAUAGUGUUUUCUUCAAAACCAAGAAUGCUGUCGGCUAGCACGGGAUGGCGUUGUGGAUCAUGGGCCCGAUUAACACUCGUACUCAAGACGGCAAAUCCACUCGUAACUUGACUUACAGUAACAAAACAACGAGAACAACAAAAAACUCGAUUCACCUGCUACUUACGAUUGAAGCUCGGGCUAAAGUGGCAGGAGUUAGUAGCAGUAGUUAGUAGUACUUUCUUGCAUAUGUAAUUCUGUAUUGCUCUCUGGGCAAGUGUUGCUUAUACAUAGUACUUUGUUAAGUAAACAAACAAACAAAAAAA